AUAGUCUAGCGGUCUUGUCGGCGAUCGUUCAGUUAAAAACGACAAAGACAGGACAAUACUUGAUAAAACAAGUGCUUGACAAAAUCGAAAGGAUCAAAAGAAUGAAAGGAAGAGAAGGAACCAUAGUCCAACUGAACUGGAUCCCAGGACAUACGGGCAUCUAUGGUAACGAACUAGCUGAUAUAACAGCCAACGAGGGAAGGACAAAAUGUAAUCAUUACACUAACAUUGACUUCACACUUAGUACUUCAUACUCAGCAAUGCGACGCAGAAUGCGCGAACGCUAUACAGCUCCAUUGAAAAUUGAAGCUUCGAGAUUGUCAGUCAUCAAGUCCAAUACCUCAAAAACAUCAGCCGGAAAGCUGACAGCUGCAAAAACCGCUAAGAUCCUCAAUGAACUACCCAGAGCGACACGGUGCCUAGCAACCCAGCUACGUACAGGUCACUUCCCUACGACUAAGUCAUAUCGAUACCGAUUCAGGCUAAUCGACUCACCGAAAUGCAGGACGUGCAGCAUAGGUGAUAGCAUCUCGCAUAGAAUAUUUAUAUGUAGAAGACACAUAAUGGCAAGAAUCACCUUGCGAAGAAAGAUAACCAAGAUCAACGUUCGGUUCGAAUUAGGGUCCAAUGCUCAGGAACGCACAAGCUCUUCAAGCCCUUUACGAGUUUUUCAAACCGCAAUUGACUACAUACCAAAGAUACUCCGGUGGUUCGGCGUAACCGAGAAAAUUCCCGGACACGCAAAUCACCAAGACAUUUUACGACACUAGUCAAGAAACGCUUCCCACCAAUUCAAC